GACGCGCAAAGGGCCACAUGCUGCCUCACAUCGGGACCAUGCAGACCACCUCCAGCCUGCUGAGCGAGGCGCUGCUCUGCGCACUGCUGCUGCUCUCCAGCACCAGAGGAGCCGAAGUGUUGGACACCGAGUCCGAAGAGGAGCUGAGCCCCAGAGCUCUGCGGGACUUCUACCCCAAAGGUCCGAACCUGACCAGUGAGAAGCAGCUGCUUGGAGCUCUCCAUGAAGUUCUGGAAAAGCUGCAGGCUAAACGACUGCCUUCAUGGGAAAAGAAAUUUGGCCAAGUCCCAACGUGUGAUAUCGGGGAGCAGUGCGCCGUGCGUAAAGGCGCUCGGAUCGGCAAGAUGUGCGACUGUCCCCGGGGAGCUUUCUGCAACUUUUUCCUGCUAAAGUGCUUAUGAGCAUCGCUUGAUCUGAAUGUAGCAUUGCAAAGAGAAAAGCUUCACUCGAUUCCUUUGUAAAUACUGUCAUAUUUUUUUAUGGAACAGCUGAGGAGCAGCUGGGGUCACUGCCCAACCCGUACGAAAAAGAAGUAUAGUAGUUCAGCAUGUAUAUAUUUUAAAGUCAAGUAAAAAAACUAGGAUAUUGACGAGGAGAUGACCAUAAAAACCCAUAAAGCUUAUUAAUAUUCAGAAUCACCUAAGGUCAGUAGGAAAACCACAGGAUCAUUGUUGUGACGUAGGAGCUUAUAAAGAACCCACAAUGCACCUACAAAAGUAUCGAGGACCACGUACACACUGUUCAGUCUCAACAGCAAUAUUAUGGGAAUAUUAUAAUGAUUCUUCAUCUGGGCAAAUCCAAAAAUCUGUGUUUUGAACUUCAACUAUUUGAUUUCAGAUGAAUGUUUUGUGUAUGAAAUCAUGAUAAUAAACAUCAUUAUUGUUUUGUAAAGCAGUGGAGUGAUGGCAUGUUUUUUUAUGUAAACACA